AUGACCGCCAAGGCAGAGGCAUCUGUCUUCUGGCCCGGUAUCACCACUGCCAUCUCCAACCUUCGUGCUAGAUGCGACCAUUACAAUCAGAUUGCGCCGUCCAACCCUAGUUCGCCGCCAACUCCGCUGACUUCCCCGGUCUACCCAUUCCAAUGUAUCUGUGCUAACUUCUUCCAUUACAAAGGCUGCAAUUACUUGGUUGUCGUCGACCGAUACUCCAACUGGCCAAUAGUUGAGAAGUCUACCCACGGCGCAGAUGGCCUCACCGCUUGUCUGCGACGCAUCUUUAUCACGUUCGGCAUCCCUGACGAGCUGGCCUCAGAUGGUGGCCCCGAAUUUACAGCAGCAGCCACACGUCGAUUCCUCCAGGACUGGGGUAUCCAUCAUCGCCUUUCUUCCGUGGUAUACCCCCAUAGCAACUGCCCCGCUGAAGUGGGUGUAAACACCAUCAGGCGCCUUCUCCUGGACAACAACAGUCCUACCGGUGCCCUUGACGCUGACGCAUUCCAACGUGCGAUGAUUCAGUACAGGAACACGCCUGACAGGGACAUCAAGCUCUCGCCCGCCAUGUGCGUAUUCGGCCAUCCUAUUCGGGACUUCAUUCCGGUGGCGCCCGGCAAAUACGAGCCUCAUCGCAUUUGGCGUGAGACCUCGGGAAGAUGCACUGCGCAAUCACCACAUGAGAAGUGA